AUCAUCUUCAGAUUCUGAAAGAUCGUUAUCCCCAAUACCAGCAGGGUCACAGUGUACAUCAGAAAGGGAGACUCCACCUUUGGCCAAGUCACAUAGACAGCGUGAAAAGCGGUCUAGUGGGUUACAUGAAGAAUUUCAGAUUGUAACAGAUUCUCCAUAUCCCAAUUUACCACAACGACCUGCAUCUAGAACGAGAUUUACAGCAUCAUCUUCAGAUUCCGAAAGAUCGUUAUCCCCAAUACCAGCAGGGUCACAAUGUGCAUCAGACACGGAGUCUCCACCUUUGGCCAAGUCACACAGACAGCGUGAAAAGCGGGCUAGUGGGUUACAUGAAGAAAUUCAGGUUGUGACAGAUUCUCCAUAUCCAAAUUUACCACAACGACCUGCAUCUAGAAUGAGAUUUACAGCAUCAUCUUCAGAUUCUGAAAGAUCUUCAUCCCCAAUACCAGGGACACAAUCUCCAUCAGGAAGGGGGUCUCCACUUUUUGCCAAGCCAUGUACACAGUAUGAAAAGCGGGCUGGUGGGUCACAGUCAGGCUCUGGCACAGAACCUGUCAUUGACAUAGAAGAGGAUUACAGAUUUCACGUUUCGGCUGAAUUACGAAAAUGUAACCUUGAUGGGAAAUACCCCGAUGAAAAAGUUUUGCGGCGUUUCAUUCGAGAUGCAGCAGCCAGUCUCCAAGCCGUUGCUGGUGACAGUAUUAGUCAAAGUAACUUUGUUGAAGCAGCCAUUAAAAUCUGUCAAGAAGUCCCGAUUUUAAAAGACCCAAGGCCAGCAUGUUUUCCACCUAACAUGAAAUAUCCAUACUGGGUAAUUGUUCAUUUUACAUUGUCCAUGUAUUUGCCUCUGAUGUUUAAAGUAAAACCUACUGUGAUAACCGUAAGUAAUUGUUUAUUAAAGUCACCACACCGUUCUCCAAAGGGUCCAGAGACCAGCAAAAAUGCUGUCUAGUCGUCAGGGAUAUAUUUAAGCCUCAGCUGAACCAUUAUCAAAGGUGAUAAGCUUCACAUUUAUAGCCAUUUUGUGUCUAAAUAACAAACAGUGGCAUCAACUCGCUCAAAAUUAACUUUACUGGACCCCAAAUUCAAAAUUUUCCGGAUGAAACCUUCCUAGACAACCCCUGCCACCAAAUGGAAAAGAAAAGACCAGCCACCACUUCCAUUCCAAACCAGUGAUGUAGCCUAGGAGAAGCUUUUUUAGAGGGAAUAAUCCAGAUUAUAAUUGAGUAUAGAGACUAAACAUACAUUGUCAACUCCAGCAACACAAAAUGUACUUCAGAAUAUAUUAUUAUUUUUCAUUUGAAAAUAAUACAAAAAAUAUUUCUUGACAUUUUUGUUUUUGUUUGUUUGUUUUUUGGUAAACUGGCAGAGUACUGUCCUUUUCCUGUUAAAAAGACGAUUGCAAAAUAUUAAAGGCUAUGAGAAAAGGAAAACACAUGGGAAAACCAAAAGGUCAAGCAGUGAUCAUGUGGAGUUUGGGGAAAAGGAAGUUGAGGAGCUGCAUGCACAGUUGUUACGCGAGGUUCAGAGUAAAAAGAAGAAUUACGCAGCGAUAAAGGAAAUCCAGCAAAACACCUUUGAUUUUAGGAGAAAGGACAUUGAGCAGAUGUCUGACAAGAGUGUUGUCAGUGAAAUUAUCUCCCACUACCCGUUUUUUCAAGUACACGAGUGCACUGUAAGUAUUGCCCUAACUACUUUGAGGGACAAGUUAUUACUGUUCUCCCCUUGAUCAGCAGCAUAUUUAUAAAAGUAUUCAUUUCAGUGGCUUUCUAAGGAGCGGUCAAAGGUCUCUGGUAUUUGUAAGUGAUGCAGGUUUCUGGGGAUACACAGUUAUUGCAAAAACUAGGUUAAUAUUAUUGCCAGUUGUCCUCAAAUCUUAUACAGCAAUGUGUCAUUCCAGAAAAUAUUCAGAAUCCUCCCAUGUAACGUUUUCUCGUUUGCAAUCUUUGUUGUUUUAUACAAUCCUUUGAAACUUUUGGCCUUCAAAGCUUCCCCCCCACCUCUCAGAAAUUCCAGUGACUAUCUUUGGAUGGGUUGUUUUUCACAAGAUGCACUGUAGGAUAAUGGUUGUUCUUUCAUUUAUUGUGUUUCAGCUAUUGAAUGAGUUGGAGCUUUAUUGCAAAAUGAAAGAUGGAGGUUCUGUAACUGUUGAAAGCUGGGAAAAGAAUUGGACAAGUCUGUCAGUCAAAGUAAAAAACUGCCUUCAAAGCCAUGAGUUGAUCCCAGAUGAUCAUGAAACAAAGCUCACCCAUGGUAUGUAACAUUUUGUCAGAUGCACUUUGAAAAUCGGCAAACUGAAUCAAAAAGAAACUAAUGUAGGUGUAAAAUUUAAUAGUGGCCAAAAAUCAAGAUUUGGGAAGAUACCAGAACAAUAUUUUAUCAAUUUGUAAACUAAAGAAAAUGAACUGUGCCAUGUAAAAGUUGUACUGUAGUAAUUAUUGAUAAGGUUUAAUGAGGUUUAUCUUGCAUCCUGAAUUUUGUUGUAUAGUCAAGUGACCUUAUCAAAUCAAUUCAUUUCACAACUAAGUAUUAUUAUUAGUAGAGUUGACAUGAUUCCACAAAUUACAGAUUCCCAUUUUGUUUCGCCAUAUUUUGUAAGCUGUAGUGAGCCAAAGAGUAAGUUUUUCACAGCGCAUUGGGUGUUUUAAAUUGCUGGUUACUGUUAAUUACAAAAAUAAAUGUUUAUUUUGUCAGAUGAUAUUUGCGGGGCAUUCAUGGAACAUGUUACUUUAGUGGAUGAAAAGAUCUGUUCGCUUCCAAUAUUGAACAUUCUUCCGCAGGUACGAUGUAAUAUUAUUUUCACAGAUCGCUAGAUUUAAUUAGCCUUUUCUUUUAAAAUCUUUGUUGUGCCUUUCAGCACAAGAUGCAUUGGUUGAUGAUUUUUUCAGACUGUAAACUGUAAUACAGACCAAUUAUCCCUCUAUCUCAUGUCUGGUUAGAUAAAGGCCCAGGCAUUUUCAAUUUAGGAAUUUAGGGUUUUUGUUUUUUGAACUGGGACUCAAUGGUUCUGAACUGGGACUCUUGAUUUUUCACAAGAUGAGUCCCAGGACUCACCUUACCUAUUUGUAACAUAAUGACAGCUUGUACUGAAGCCCUUAAUCAGUCUUCUACUUGGCUAUCAACUCGUUAAAAGGAAAUUCAACAACACAAUAAGUGCAGACCCCAAUAAAGUGGCCUUUCCAAAUAAUUUUACUGUAGAAUAUUACGUAGUGACAAUAAAAAGGGACAGGUUCACAGUUAAGCGCAUGCUAAUUCUAUCGGUUAAUAAUCCCACUCUCAGUGAUCUCAGAGUGUAUUUCAAUUUAGAAGUGAAUUUCAGAGUAACCUGAAGUAGGAUGGCGGAGUACUAAAAUUGCAGAAAAAAUUAGUGGAUUAUGCCAACACUACCAACGUUAAAUUUAUUGUUGAGCCAGAGGUUUUAUUCCAUGGUUGAUUACUUUACAGCUAUUUGCUCCUGAGUUGAUAAAGUGACUGCCAGGGGAGUGUGAAGAUUAGUUCUUUGACAACAUUAUGACAUGAUCAUGUUGCUUGCAUAGACGGUUCAGCAUCUGCUGGCAGAAAACAGCAUUUUGAUUAAUGAGCAUGAACCAUGAACCUGUCCCUUUAAGCGGAAGUUAUAUACCUGUACCGUUUACCUUUUUUUCUCAUCACAGGUUAAAUCAAAUGUGGACGAAGUUAUCAAGAAGGAAACAAAAACCAACCAACCUUGCCUAUGGUGUGCAGUAGAUGAAGGAAUGUUAGAACAGAUUUUCCUAGUUGUUGAUAAAGGGAUUUUCUUUGAGCUCAAAAACAAGUCUUAUCUACAAGCUCUUUUAGUAUUGUUGGGUUUCUAUUUCGCAUUUAAUUUAAGUUAUGACAAGCGGCAAGAUUUGAUCUUUCAGUUUGUUGAAGAAUUUGUAUUAGGUCUUCGACCUCCGAAAAAGUCUGUGCGAUAUCGCACUGCAUGCAUGUUGCUGGUUCCAGAUAAGUAACUCCAAUUUAAAGCAAAUUUCAACCUGUUUACCAAGAAGGAAACAAAAACCAGUUAACCUUCCCUCUGGUGGGUAGUAGCUAGUUGAAGGAAUAUUAGAUCAGGUUUUCCUAGUUGCUGAUAAGGGAGGUUUGAUUGAACUCUGAAACAGUUCUUACUUAAAUGCGCUGCUAGUAUUGUCGGGUUACUAUUAUCAAAGUCUGUGGGAUAUAACACUGCGUCCUUGUUGUUGGUUCCAAAUAAGUAAGUCUAAAUCAAAUGUAAAUGUAAUUAUCAAGAAGGAAACAAAAUCAAGCCAACCUUUCCUAUGGUGUGCAGUAGAUAUCGGGUUCUCCUAGUGGUUGAUAAUUUCCUUAGACUCCGAAACAGUGCUUCUUUGAAUGUGCUGUUAGUAUUGUUGGGUUUAUAUUUUACAUUUAAUUUAAGUUGCAACAAGUUGCAAGAGUUGAUCUUCCAGUUUGUUGAAGAAUGUGUGUAACAUUAUUGUAGGUCUUCAACCUCUUAAAAAAUCUGUGCAAUAUUGCACUGGGUGCAUGUUGUUGGUUUAAGAUAAGUAAGUCCAGUGUAAAUCAAAUUUCAACGUAAUUAUCAAGAAGGAAACAGAAACCAACUAACCUUGCUCCUAUAGACCUUUGUCACGUGGCCACUAUUUUGUCUCAGGAGAUAAAAAAGCUUUUGUUUAUACAUGGCUAGCCUCGCACUCUCUACGAGGCUACCGUGCAUAAACAAAGCUUUUUUUAUCUCCUGAGACAAAAUGGCCGCUGCACGACAAAGGUGUAUUGGGCACAGUAGAUGAAGGAAUAUUAGAUCAGGUUUUCCUAGUUGUUGAUAAUGGAGUUUUCUUUAAACUCUGAAACAAGUCGUAGCCGUACUUAAGUGUGCUGUUAAUAUUGUUGGGUUUCUAUUUUACAUUUAAUUUUAUUUGCUGCAAGUUGCAAGAGUUGAUCUUUCAGUUUGUUGAAGAAUUUGUACUAGGUCUUAGACAUCCUGCAAAGUCUGUUCGAUAUCGCACUGCGUGCAUGUUGCUGGUUCUAGGUAUAGUGUGAGUGAAAAAUAAACAUGAAUAUUUC